ACAGAGAGAGGAGCUCUAAGAUGGCGGAGUCUCUCAGCCUCAUUCAGUUCGGCUCGGCCGCUAAGAGCCCGCUGUCCAAGCCCAAGGAGGCGAAGCCCCCGUCCGGACCCCGAGCGCACUGCUCCCGGGACCACCAGCCGCCACCUGCGAAGAAAGUUCGGAGCGAGGAGAAGAGCUUCAAACCGAAGAAAGUGAACGGAGAAGGCGGAGGAGCAGCAGCAGGAGCAGCAGGGGGAGCAGGAGGAGGAGGAGGAGGAGACGCGCAGGGUUAUGGUGGUGGUGUCGGUGUCAGCGCGACAACAUGGAGCGGCUCUCCCGCUCAGACACAGACACAGCCCGGCCUCCACACGGCGCACGGCCCGGCCAGGCACAGCGCCUUCCUCACCGCGACACCCAGAGCCAAGAAGCCCAAGGACAAGGAGCGGGAGCGGGACAGGGAGCGGGACAGAGAGCGGGACAAGGAGCGGGACAGGAGGAAGCACAAGCCGGAGAGCUGCGGCGCGGUGAGUCCGAGUCCCAGCGCCGCCGUCAGCAAGGAGAACGGAGAGCUGAACCCGGGGCAGAGUAAAGAACACAUCAUCAAGGACAAGCUGAAGGAGCGAGAGAAAGAACGCGUGCGAGAGAAGGAGAAGAAGAAGGACAAAGAGAAAGACAAGGAGCAGGCGAAGGAGAAGGACAAGGAGAGGGAGAAGAAGAAACACAAACUGAUAAACGAGAUCAAACGAGAGAACGGCGAGGUGAAGCUGCUGCAGAAAGCUGAUACGGAGAAACCGAAGGCCAACGCAGAGGAGCUGCUGCUGAAAAAGGCCAAGAAGAAAAAGAAAAAGAAACACAAAGAGGCGGAGAGGCGGAAGCGGCCCAAGAUGUACAGCAAGUCGAGUCAGACGCCGUACUCCGCCCUGCUGAGCCCGGACCUCCCGGCGCUCCUGGCCAAAUCCGAGGCGGAGUUCAAAUCCCCCUUCCCCGUCUGCAAGUCUCCCUCCCUCUCCCCCACUCCCACCGUAAAGCAGGAGAAGGGCGUGGGCGUGGCCGGUCUCGGCGGCGUCUGCGGCGGCGUCUCCAGGUCCGGCUCCGGGGAGGGGGCCGUCCGCCCGGCCGUCGGCGCCAAGACGGCCCAGCCGCACUCGCGGCUCCCGGGGAUAGACGGCCUGGAGUUCGGGCGCUUCGUGCACGUGGAGCAGCAGCCGAACGGCGGCGCCCUGGUGGUACACGCCUACAGCCGCGAGCUCGCCGUCCUGACGCCCGAGGAGAUGCAGAGGUUCGCUCAGGAGUUCGUCACCCUGUCGUUCUGCGAGGACCCCGACGGGGCGGCGAACUACGUCAUGGGGAUCAUCCACGGCGCCGCCUCCUACCUCCCCGACUUCCUGGAUUAUUUCUCUUCCAAAUUCCCAAAUUCACACGUGAAGAUGGAGAUCCUCGGCAAGAAGGACAUCGAGACCACCACCAUGGCCAACUUCCACACUCAGGUAAAGAGGACGUACUCCCACGGGACGUACCGCGCGGGUGCCAUGCGUCAGAUCAGCCUGGUGGGGGCGGUGGACGAGGAGGUGGGGGAUUACUUCCCAGAGUUCCUGGGCUUCUUACAGCAGUCUCCGUUCCUGGAGCGGACGCUGCCGUGGGGAACCUUCUCCAGUCUGAACCUGAUCAGCCCUACAGAGAGCGACGACGGUCCCAUCAUGUGGGUUCGACCCGGGGAGCAGAUGAUCCCCGUCACAGACAUGCCAAAGUCUCCCUUUAAAAGGAAAAGGUCGACCAAUGAGAUUAAGAACCUGCAGUACCUACCUCGGGCGAGCGAGCCGCGUGAGUUGCUGUUUGAGGACCGGACGCGCGCGCACGCCGACCACAUCGGGCAGGGCUUCGAGAGAGAGACGACAGCGGCGGUGGGCGUGCUCAAGGCUGUGCACUGUGGGGAGGGCAGCAUGGAGCCUCCGCGCAUCACCAAAGACGUGGUCUGUUUCCACGCCGCGGACUUUAUCGACGUGGUGCAGCGGCUGCAGCUGGACCUGCACGAGCCGCCCCUGUCCCAGUGUGUCCAGUGGAUGGACGACGCCAAGCUGAACCAGCUGAGACGCGAGGGCAUCCGCUACGCGCGCAUCCAGCUGUACGACAACGACAUCUACUACAUCCCGCGCAACGUGGUGCACCAGUUCAAGACGGUGUCGGCGGUGUGCAGCCUGGCCUGGCACGUCCGCCUCAAACAGUACCACCAGGACGCACCGCGGGACGCCGAGGACACCAAGAACCUCCCCUCCCCCUCCACGUGCAUCAAACAGGAACCUCUGGGUGACGCCCCCAGCUCGUCCCCCGUCACGGACCCCAAGCAGCCCCGAGACGCCGCCCCUGCGCCCCAGAUCAAAGUAGAGGAGGCGGAGCUUCUCGUGGACAGGACGUCGAAAUCCGGCACUUCCGGUGCGGCGGCGGCUCCGGCGGCAGACCGAGCCAAAGCCCACCAUCACGCCCCCUCGCACACGCACGCGGCGCGGUCCGCCCUCGGCCUGAGCCCCGCCCCCGCUAAGCACUCGCACGCAUCGUCGGCACCCAAACACGGCUACGGCCCGACGCCGCUCAAACACACACACUCCGGUUCGGCAGGGAGACACGGACACCCGACCGUCCUGUUCAAACCCAGCAAGCAGGCGCACGUGUCCAACACGUCCAAACACACACACACUACUCCAGCAGCUAAACACAUUUAUUCACACAACCUUAAAACCAGCUCCGGACAUUCGGACAGUCGGACUGCCCCGCCUCCGCCCCACCAGGCCCACGCUCCGCCCCACCAGUCGCACUCUCUGCCCCACCAGUCGCGCGGUCUGCCCCAGUCGCCGGUGGUGUGCCAGUCGUUCCCACCCCAGUCCCAGGUCCUACACCAGUCGGGUCUGCCCCAGACACCCUCUUGGCCAGACAGAGCCUCGGACUCUCACCACCCGAGGGUCGCCCCGCAGGACCCUCGGCCUCACCAGCCCCUCAGCCCCCCGCCCCGAGAACAGCAGAAAGACUUUUUAUGCUGAUUUGUACAUAAAUGUUUUUAACACCUUUUCGCUUUUAUCUCUUUUUAUUUCCUUUGAUCAUAUCUUUGGGUUGACCUUCUAUUCUUUUAUUUUUUUGGUUUCUAUUGAUGCAAAGCAACGACGCUGAGCAGGAGCGUGUGUGUAUGAGUGCGUGUGUGUGUAUGAGUGCGUGUGUGUGUAUGAGUGCGUGUGUGUGUAUGAGUGCGUGUGUGUGUAUGAGUGCGUGUGUGUGUGUAUGAGUGCGUGUGUGUGUAUGUGUGUGCGCGACUCCAGCAGCAGUGUGAGACGCGAGGUCGUCCGGUCCGGCCGUAACCCGAUGGAAUCCACAGCAUAUGUAGCGACUAACAUUCCUCAGUGCCUGCCUGUAACUGUGAGCUGUCGUGAGCGCUCGGGGCCGGCCGUACCAGAGACACACACCUCCACCCCCCACACACCCCCUACAGAACCCACCCGACCCGACCUGAACCCAACCGGGCCUCCAAUAAUAUAUUUUUAAGUUGUAGGCUAUAGUUGUGUAUUAGAGCUGACCUGAACAUAUACAUAUAUAAAUAUAUAUAUAUAUUUUUAAGAUGAGACGAGACAGACUUCUUUUAAUGACUCCAGGCUUUUCCAUAGAGCUUAUUUAUAUCCAGGUUGUUUUGUGUUUUUUUUUUUUUUUGUCAGCACUGUAGUGUAUGUAACAUUUUUUUUUCUAAGAAAAUGUGUAGUUUGAUUUCUAUCUAAUUAAGAACCUUGUAAUAAAAAAGU